AUGAAUUUGUUGAGAUGGACACACGCAAGGUGUCUAUGUCUUUGCGCAAUUCUUGUUGCACAAGAAAGUGCAAAGAGGGGUAGCUAUAGACACCAUAAUUUUCCCGAGCCCAGGCCCAUUGGGCCUGGUUCAACAAGAGCUGGGAAGGCAUUUCAUGAGGCUUCAUUUGAUGCCUUAAGAAACAAUAAGGGCCUAUGUGGUAAUGCCACUGGACUAAUGCAUUGUGUCGUCGUUGCUGCUAGUAACAACGUUGGUCAUAGAAAAAGCACCAAGGUCAUCAUUUUCAUUGUGCUUUCACUCUUUGGUCUCUUCUUUUACUCUGUAUCAUGGCUGGAAGUUUCUCAAUUGCAUUCAAGAGGCUACGGAGCUGUUUAUAAAGCUGUGCUACCCAUUGCUGAGGUGGUUGCGGUGAAGAAACUUCACCAAUAUGAAAAUAACAUAAUUUCCAACAACUUGAAAGCCUUUGAAAGCGAGAUUCAUGCUUUAUCAGAAAUUAGACGUCGUAACAUUGUGAAGCUGUAUGGCUUUUGUUCACAUCCAAAGUACUUUUUUUUCGUUUAUGAGUUUAUAGAAAGGGGAAGUUUGAGAAUGGUGUUAAGAAAUAAGGAUGAGGCAAUGGAGUUGGAUUGGGAGAGGAGGCUAAAUGUUGUAAAAAGAGUGGCCAAUGCGUUCAAUAAUGUUCUUCUGGAUUUGGACUAUGAGGCUCAUGUCUCAGAUUUUGGCAUAGCCAAGCUUUUAAAGCCCGUCUCCUCCAAUUGGACCUCACUUGCUGGCACUUUUGGGUACAUAGCUCCAGAUAAUCGUGUAUUGGUUAGAUAUAUUUGUUGCUUAACAGAGCACAUUGAUUAG